AGAUGAUACUGUUUACGAACUAACCUUUUAAGCAUUGACAUAGCUUUCGAUUCCCACUUGUCACACGUGACUGACAUCAGAUAGAUACAGCUACUGACUCCUACUCAUCCCGCGCAGGUGACUAACAGCAGAUAGAAUCUUCUACCGGAUGCAAUCUGGACGCGAUGGGAAGCGCCGAAACUCUUCUCGCGUGGAAUGUGUCGACAGAAAAUACUGGAAACGAGAAUGGUAUACUACGAGUGGACGAUAGAUCCACAGCAGAGGUGAUACUGUCAAUACUGACAAUGGCUUUAAUCAUAUUCCUGAGCAUCGCUGGGAAUAUACUUGUGCUGGCGGCAAUCGUUCGGGAAAACGUUCUUCACAGUAAAACGUCUGUAUUCAUUGCCAAUUUAGCCAUUGCAGAUCUUCUGAACGCUAUUCUGAACAUGACCACUAUUUUGGUCAGCUGUAUAUACAACAAGUGGAUAUUCGGUGAAAUCAUAUGUGGCAUUAUUGGAGCAUCGCUUGUUUUAGCUUGUUCGGCUAGCAUCAAUACAUUGGGAGCAAUAGCACUCGAUCGCUACUUCGCCAUCGUGUACCCUUUCCAGUAUGCAAAGCGCAUGUCGACCUGCCGCAUAGUGGCUUUUCUGGUCUGGAUCUGGACACAGUCUUUGUUCUUCAGUGUCAUGCCAGUAUUGGGCUGGUCAGAAUUCGUGUACAUCGAAUCAGAAUAUCUCUGCUCUGCCGACUGGUCUACAGACUGGUCAUAUACAGUCAUCAUUGUCGUUGUAAACAUGGUACCCCCGAUAUGCUUGAUGACCUACUCCUACAGGCAUAUACUUAGGGUCGCAUCAGCGCACCGGAAGCAGAUGAGGACACAGCAUAGCGUAAAAGAACCAAACGAAAGUGUGCCUCGGAGCAGGAAUCGCAAGACAGUCGAGGCUUUCGCCAAACGAGCCAAACAGAUUCGACAGGACACCAAGGCUGCUACCACUCUGCUCAUCGUCAUGGGCACAUUUCUCAUCUGUUGGCUCCCGCAUACCAUUACGAUGCUUUGCUUCGCUUUCCCGUCGUGCACCGCUAUUCCCCAAGGGAUAUACGUCCUGUCGACCUGGUUCGCUAUGUUGAAUUCUGCCUGCAACCCUUUCAUCUACUGUAUAACGGAUAAUCAGUUCAGGCAAGCGUUCAAGCGGACCCUUGAGCACAUCAUGCCGCUGUCGUGCAGGAGAAGAAUGGCUCGGCGUGUGGAGCCCGACUCGGCCUUUGCAUCAGUAUCGGCACCUAAUGCAUCUUCAGAUCCACGCAUCUUCAUAUCUACCCAUGAUCUUAGUCAUUCGGUGACUGAUCCCACACCCGGUACGAACACAGCAGAAUUGUCCGUUGAUUACAACAAUAGCGAGUUUACGCUUCCACAAGUCACGACGGAUAAUACAAGAACAUAA